AUGGAAUCCGAAACCAAUUCUCAAAGUACGGAGGAUACCGUACGUGAGAUUUUAAAGGAAGGUUCCACUUUUAGGAAUUGGGAUGAGGCGUCUGAUGUCGUAUAUAAUCACGCCAAAAUCUUGGGAUUCAAUUUAUGUAAAUCUAGAAAAAAGGAAUGUGGUGGGGAGUUACGUAAAAGGACAUUCAUUUGUGAACGUUCAGGGAAACCUCAAAAAAAUAAGGAGGAUAAACAACCCGAUUCAAAAAAGAUUUUAUGUCCCUGGCAUGUAAAUUUAUCUUUACCAGAAAAAAAUAAUGUGGAAAAAUUAAUCAUCGUUACAAAGUUUGUGGAUCAUCAUAAUCAUGAAUUGCACCCUAAGGAUUUCACGGUGCAAGUCAUACAAGAUGUUGAAAUUUUAACUAAACAUUGUAAAGUUGGAGCAGUUAUACAACGAAAGUACUUACGUGCAAAAUAUCCAGGUCAUUUACUAUCUAAUCAAGAUUUAUCUAAUGUAAUCGGACGAUUUAAAACAUCUCGAGAAGUUCUUGACGUCAUCAAGGUCUUCAAUCAUCUAAUAAAACAAAAAGACGAUUCGGGGUGGAAAGAAGAACCAAAAACGAUUAUCACUGAUACAGAACGCGCCAUGGAUGUUGCUGUUAAAAGUGUAUAUCGUAAUUGCAUACAUCGAUAUUCUAUAUGGCACUUACUUUAUUCAAAUUCAUACCAUCAUGUAAAUAAAAAACUUGGUUCAAAGCAUGAGAAAUUCCUCGAGGAUUUUUUCAAGUGUCAAAAUUCUUUACAGGAAGAAAUAUUUCUACAAGGUUGGCAAUGUUUAAUGAAGGAUUAUCCAGAAAUUGUUGAUUAUUUAACCAAUACAUUAUAUGAAAACAGAAAUUAUUGGGCAAAGGCUUUUGUCGUUGAAACUUUUACGGCAAAUCUGGAUUCCAUUUUUCAUGUUGAAGUGAUCAAUAGUGUAAUAAGUACGACAUUAGCGAACUUACAAAUUCCCAUAUUCGAUUUGAUUGAUCAUAUAAAUAAUCAACUUGAAGACCAUUGUAGGCAGAUAUAUGAAAAACAUGAUCAGGAAAUAAUCAGACAAGCAAUUUUUAAAACAAAUGAUCCUCGAACAAUGACUUUAUAUGAAUUGGUUAAUAUGCAGAUUGAAAGAUACUUGUCCGCUGUUUGUGUUAACUUACAACUUCAUGAAAUGGAACUUUCUCUCAAUUUUAUUGCCAAAAAGUAUGAUAUUGGUCUGAUCAAAAACAUUGAGAAAAUUUUUGUAGCAAAGCGUUAUUUUGUGGUAAAUGAUUACUACCUACCACUUAGUAAAAUAUUUUCAAUGAUUAAUACAAAUGAAAUUCUUGAGACGUGGUCAGUUUAUGAUCAACAUGAUAGAAAUUUCAUUUUAUUGAUGAAUGAUGGAUAUCAUUGGUGCACUUGUUUAAAUGGUAUUCAUUAUGGAUUGGUUUGUAAGCAUUAUUUCCGAGUUAUGACGUGCACUCCCAAGGCCAGGUUUCAAAUUACAAUGAUUUCAAAACGAUGGUAUAAGGAAAAUUGUGAAAAUGAUCCUAAUUUUGAACCGCCCUUAACCUACCACCUUUAG